GUCCAAAGAUCGCUGUGCUGUUUGCUCUAAGCAUGAGAGGCAGCUGGAUCCCACCUCUUCCUGAAUUAAAAGUAAAAGCUCAUAAAGCGCUUCUAUCAACUUCUGUAGCAUCUCACCAGUCGGCCGCAUUGUCUUACAUGUGGCUGGAGGCUCAAUAAAAACAGUUUUGAACCGCGUGGAACGAGUUUUGUGCUAGAUCUUCCAUUUACAGUCAAACAGAAGCGAAGGGAGGGUGGAGACCUGAAACACUUCCUUCACUUUGUUUGACCCAGUGCUCAUGUGCACGGGUACUAGAGGCAAUUCAAUUUCAGUUUUUGCUUAAGGGAUAAAAAAAUGGAAAACCUGAUCUAGAGAUGGGAUCGGUGGAGUCGUACUUUGGCAACCUGCGUGGAAAAGAGAAACAGCCGGAGGAGGAGAGGCAUGUCCGAGCCAAUGACAGACCUUUCAACCGGUCGUACAACUAUGCAAACAACGCCAUCAGGACCUCCAAGUACAACAUUUUCACCUUUCUGCCUCUUAAUCUGUUUGAACAGUUCAGGAGGCUAGCUAACGCUUACUUCCUGUUCCUCCUCCUGCUUCAGUUAAUCCCAGAAAUCUCCUCUCUGUCUUGGUUCACCACAGCCGGGCCUUUGAUUUUGGUGCUGUCCAUGACAGCGGUCAAAGAUGCCAGUGAUGACAUAAACAGGCACAAAAGUGACCGGCAAGUGAAUAACCGCAUGGUGAACGUCCUGAUCGAUGGAGAACUGAAAAAUGAAAAAUGGAUGAACGUUCAGGUCGGGGAUAUAGUUAAACUGGAGAGCAAUCAAUUUGUUACAGCAGACCUCCUGUUGCUGUCUAGCAGUGAACCUCUCAAUCUGGUUUAUGUGGAGACGGCUGAGUUAGAUGGCGAAACAAACCUGAAAGUGAAACAGGCCCUGACUUCCACAGGAGAGAUGGGAGACUCCAUCGAAGCUCUUUCCGCCUUCGAAGGGGAAGUGCGAUGUGAGCCUCCAAACAACCGUUUAGACAAAUUCAAAGGUACCCUGACUGUGAAUGGACAAAACUAUGGUCUGGACAAUGAUAAGAUACUGCUCAGAGGAUGCACACUGAGAAACACAGAGUGGUGCUUCGGUCUGGUCAUCUUUGGAGGUCCUGACACCAAGCUGAUGCAGAACAGUGGAAAGACAAAAUUCAAACGGACCAGCAUUGAUCACCUGAUGAACGUCCUGGUGUUGUGUAUUUUUGGAUUCCUGUUCGCCUUGUGCUUCAUUCUGGCCAUCGGCAAUGCCAUCUGGGAGGUGAAAGAGGGCUCUGUUUUCACGGCGUUUCUUCCACGAGAUGCAGGCGUUAAUGCUGCGCUGUCGUCCUUCCUCUCCUUCUGGUCUUAUGUCAUUGUCCUCAACGCACUGGUUCCAAUUUCCCUCUAUGUCAGUGUGGAGAUUAUUCGUCUUGGGAACAGCUACUUCAUAAACUGGGACAGGAAGAUGUAUUAUGCAAAGAAUGACACUCCUGCACAGGCGAGGACCACCACGCUCAACGAGGAGCUCGGCCAGAUCAAAUACAUCUUCAGUGACAAGACUGGCACUCUGACACAAAACAUCAUGGCAUUCAACAAGUGCUCCAUCAAUGGAAAAAACUAUGGGGAUCUGUACGAUUUUUCUGGACAAAGAGUUGAAAUAACGGAGAAAACACAAAAAGUGGAUUUCUCCUGGAACAAGCUGGCAGACCCAAAAUUCACCUUCCAUGAUUACAGCCUGUUGGAGGACGUGAGAGAAGGAAACCCCGAAGCUCAAGACUUCUUCCGCCUGCUGGCUCUGUGCCACACUGUCAUGCCAGAAGAAAAGAAAGAGGGGGAGCUGAACUACCAGGCUCAGUCUCCUGAUGAGGGCGCUCUGGUCACCGCAGCAAGGAACUUUGGAUUUGUGUUCCGCUCUCGCACACCUGAGAGCAUCACCAUCAUGGAGAUGGGCCAAAAAGUCACGUACGAACUUCUGGCGGUCCUGGACUUUAAUAACGUGCGGAAGAGGAUGUCAGUGAUAGUACGCAGUCCUGAUGGCAAGAUGACCCUGUACUGCAAAGGUGCUGACACCAUCAUCUAUGAAAGACUAGACCGCUCUUGUAAAAACCUGAUGAACGUUACUACAGGACACCUAAAUGAAUAUGCAGGAGAUGGGCUACGUACUCUUGUACUGGCCUACAAGCACCUGGAUGAGAAGUACAUGGAUCAGUGGACACAGCGCCACCAUGAGGCCAGCACGGCCAUGGAAGGACGGGAAGAGAGUCUCGAUCAACUUUAUGAGGAGAUCGAGAAAGACAUGAUUCUGUUGGGAGCGACAGCUGUUGAAGACAAGCUGCAAGACGGCGUACCGCAGACUAUUGAGCAGCUGGCCAGAGCUGACAUCAAAAUCUGGGUGCUGACUGGGGAUAAACAAGAGACAGCAGAAAACAUCGGCUACUCUUGCAACAUGCUAAGAGAGGAGAUGAAGGAGGUUUUCAUUGUGGCCGCCAACACCGCUGAAGGAGUCAAACAGGAGCUGCAGUUUGCCAGAAGGAAAAUGUGUCCGGGAGCUGCAGAGGAGCCAUCGGUGACCAAAGCUCGUGCAGGUCUCUUUUGGCUUCAGAAGACGGAGACGGUGCCGGAUGAAAACGUUGAAGGGGAAUAUGGUCUGAUAAUAAAUGGACACAGCUUGGCCUUUGCACUGGAGAAGGACUUGGAGUUGGAGCUGCUGAGGACAGCGUGCAUGUGUCAAACAGUGAUUUGCUGCAGGGUCACCCCUCUGCAGAAAGCUCAGGUCGUUGAGCUGGUCAAGAAAUACAAGCAGGCAAUCACUUUGGCCAUUGGAGAUGGAGCCAAUGAUGUCAGCAUGAUCAAGGCUGCUCACAUCGGAGUAGGAAUAAGCGGUCAGGAGGGCAUGCAGGCUGUUCUCUCAAGUGACUUCUCCUUCGCUCAGUUUCGUUACCUCCAGCGCCUCCUGCUGGUGCAUGGGCGCUGGUCUUACCUCCGCAUGUGCAAGUUCCUACAAUAUUUCUUUUACAAGAACUUCACCUUCACAUUCGUGCAUUUCUGGUAUGCCUUCUUUUGCGGCUUCUCUGCCCAGACUGUGUAUGAUGAGUGGUUCAUCACGUUGUACAACUUGGUUUACACGUCUCUCCCAAUCCUCAGUUUGAGUCUCUUUGACCAGGACGUAAAUGACCGUUGGAGCUUCCAGUAUCCCCAGCUCUACGCUCCUGGCCAGCUCAACAUGUAUUUCAGUAAAAAAGCCUUUGUGCGCUGCAUGAUGCACAGCUGCUACAGCUCUCUGGUCCUCUUCUUUAUCCCCUGGGCCGCGAUGCGCGACACAGUCAGAGACGACGGCAGAGAUCUGGCAGACUACCAGUCCUUUGCUCUGCUGGCGCAGACCUGCUUGCUCAUCGUGGUGAGCGCACAGCUGUGUUUUGACACCUAUUACUGGACAACUGUGAACCAGUUUUUUGUGUGGGGGAGCCUGGCUGCCUACUUUGCCAUCACCUUCACUAUGUACAGCAGUGGCAUGUUUCUGAUCUUCACCUCCGUUUUCCCCUUCAUUGGCACAGUCAGGAAUUCUUUGAAUCAGCCAAAUGUCUGGUUGACCAUAUUCCUGGCUUCCCUUCUCUGUGUCCUGCCUGUGGUGGCCGUGCGCUUCAUCCUUAUACAGAUCCGUCCGACUAUCAACGACAAGGUGAGGUAUAAGAUGCAAAUGGAGGCGCUGCCAGCAGCUGCUCCUCGCCGUCCAAUGAGGCGUGUCAGCACCCGGCGGUCCGGCUAUGCCUUCUCCCAUUCUCAGGGCUACGGUGCUUUGGUCACUUCGGAAAGAUUCCUCUUUAAGCGACCCCUUAAGAGUCUGCUCGCCUUUUCGGUCCAGACAGACUCACCCCUGGCUACGAAUCAGCCACAGAUCUUCCGUCCAAUACCGGAGGAGCUUGAGGGGUCACAGAGCUCUCAGAGUUAGGACGUAUGUACGCAAAACGCCGGAACACUUUCGAGGGCAGGUCUCCAACAGAUUCUAAAUAGUUAAAUUUCUCCCCAUCCUUCUUUGCAAACACUUUAGAUCGGAUUGUGAAAAUUUGUAAACAGCAUUUUUCUAGACAGAUUUUCAGCUGGAUAUCUUGGCUUUGACUGGGCCAUUAUAAUGCAGGUGAUUUAAGCUAAACCAUUCCACUGCAGUGCUGGGUUUUUUAUACUUGGUGUACAGUUAGAAGGUUACACCUCCUCCCAAGGUUCAAGUGUUUUGGAGCCUCAAACAGAUUUUCUAUCAAGAUUGCCCUGUAGUUCCAUCCUUCUUCCCAGCAACUCUGACCAUUUUACUGAAAAGUAGUGUCCCCAGAACGUAACGCUGUAGAGAUGCCACUCUAGGGAAGCGAAGGAGUGCUGAGGCUAUAAGCGUCACGGCAA